AUGGCUCAACAACAGUCCUUUGAUUAUUAUCAAGUACCUCCGAUGCCUCCAUCCAUGAGCCCGCCCGAGCUCUCCCCGCUCUCCUUCUACGACACCCAGGCCGACUUCAGCGCAGACUCGGCCCCGUCCCGCGGCUCCCCCGUCUCCCCCGUCUUCCCGACCUCCUCCUUCCAGCUCCCCUCCGGCGCCGACUGGCCCGCCUACUUUGAGAAGCCCGCCCUCUCCCCCGACCUCGACGUCUUCUACGGCGAAUCCUUUGGCAGCCCAAUGUCCUUCCUCUCCCCCCAAAACCUCACCCUCAGCCCCAGCGCCAACCCCUCCGACCUCAUGUCCGACGCCGUCGCUUUUGGCCGCGAGGGCAUCAACGACACCCAACCCCUCUUCCAGACCCUCGACGCGCCCGCCGCCCGUCCCCAACUUCAACCUCAACAAUCCCAGCAUCCUACAAAGUCCCCGCGACUAUCCCGCACGACAACAUCCGCAUCGUCUUCCCGUCCUCAACAGCAACAGCAACAACAACAGCAGCAACAGCAACAACAACAACGAACAUCCCCGCGCUCAAACGACCUCAAGCGCAAAUCCUCCGCCUCCUCCGCUUCCUCGGGCUCCGCCUCCCCCGAACCCCCAGCUCGCCGCACAAAACACGCCGAACCCUCCAAGAACCCACACAACAUGAUUGAGAAGCGCUACCGCGUCAACAUUAACGAAAAAAUCAUUGCCCUCCGCGACGCCGUCCCCUCCCUGCGCUGCGUCGUCCAGCAGACGGAAAACCCGCACGCCGCCCCGCACGCCACGCACGCAGCCGAGAGCGACGAGACCUUUGACGUCGUCGAGGAGUUGGGCGGGUUGAUGCCCGCGCGCAAGCUCAACAAGGCGACUAUCCUCAGCAAGGCGACCGAGUAUAUCUCGCACUUGGAGAAGAAGAAUUCGCAGCUGUGGAAGGAGAAUGAGGAGUUGGAGAAGAGGCUUGCGGAGGCCCAGCAGUGGCAGCGGACUCAGACCGAGGGAUCGUUUUGGUCUUGA